GGCCACAGUAGAGGAGAACCAGCCAGCAGGCACACCGGUGAUAAAGGUGACAGCACAGGACCCUGAUGAGGGGGAGGCAGGCCGGCUGCACUACGCCAUGGCUGCACUCUUCGACAGCCGCUCUGAUGCCCUCUUCACCGUGGACCCUGUCACUGGUGCCAUCAGCACUGCUGCACCGCUGGACCGUGAGAGCAAGAGCACUCACGUGUUCCGCGUGACAGCAGUGGACCACGGGAUUCCCCGGCGCACUGCCAUGGCCACACUGACAGUGACAGUGAGCGACACCAACGACCACAACCCAGCCUUCGAGCAACCAGAAUACCGGGAGAGUGUGCGAGAGAAUCUGGAGGUGGGCUAUGAGGUACUGACGGUACGGGCCACUGAUGGCGACGCCGGUCCCAAUGCCAAUAUUCUCUACCGCCUCCUCAAUGCUGGUGAUGCCAAUGAAGUGUUUGAGAUUGAUUCCCGCUCAGGUGUCAUCCGCACCCGUGGCUCUGUGGACCGGGAAGCGGUGGAGGCCUUUGAGCUGUUGGUGGAGGCCACAGAUCAGGGCCAGGAUCCAGGUCCCCGGAGUGCCACGGCCACUGUCCGCAUCGCUGUGGAGGAUGACAAUGACAAUGCGCCGCAGUUCAGUGAGCGGCGUUAUGUGGCUCAGGUCCCUGAGGACACGGUGCCCAAUGCAGUGGUUCUGCAGGUGACAGCCACUGACCGUGACAAAGGCAGCAAUGCGCUGGUGCACUACAGCAUUGUCAGCGGCAACACUCGUGGGCACUUCUACAUUGAUGCACAGACAGGCACGCUGGAUGUUGUUACCCCCCUGGACUACGAGAUCACCAAGGAGUUCACCCUGCGCAUCCGGGCACAGGAUGGUGGCCGUCCACCUCUCUCCAACAUCAGCGGUUUGGUUACCAUCCAGGUGUUGGAUGUCAAUGACAAUGCACCCAUCUUUGUCAGCACGCCCUUCCAGGCCACCGUACUGGAGAACGUCCCCGUGGGCUACUCUGUCAUCCAUGUACAAGCCAUUGAUGCUGAUUCAGGUGACAACAGCCGGUUAGUUUACACCCUGCUGGAAACUGGCACCAGCUUCCCCUUUGCCAUCAACAACAGCACCGGAUGGAUCGUGGUGGCCUCUGAGCUGGACCGGGAGGUGGUCGAUUUCUACGGUUUUGGGGUGGAGGCGCAGGACCAGGGCACCCCCCCAAUGGCCUCCACAGCCAGCGUCAGUGUCACCAUCCUGGAUGUCAAUGACAACAGCCCUGAGUUCACCCAGCGGGAGUAUGGUGCCCGCCUGAACGAGGACGCGGCAGUGGGCACCAGUGUCCUGACUGUCUCUGCUGUCGACCGUGAUGCUAACAGUGUCAUCACAUACCAGAUCUCCAGUGGCAACACCCGCAACCGGUUCUCCAUCACCAGCCAGAGUGGUGGUGGGCUCAUCUCUCUUGCCCUGCCCCUGGACUACAAGCUGGAGCGGCAGUAUCUGCUCACCAUUGCUGCCUCUGAUGGCACCCGCCAGGACACUGCCCAGGUGGUUGUCAAUGUCACCGAUGCAAACACCCACCGCCCCGUCUUCCAGAGCUCCCACUACACCGUCAACAUCAAUGAGGACCGGCCAGUGGGCACAACAGUGGUAGUCAUCAGUGCCACAGACGAGGACACAGGGGAGAACGCCCGCAUCACCUACCUGAUGGAGGACAGCAUCCCCCAGUUCAGCAUUGCCACUGAGACUGGUGCGGUCACCACCCAGAUGGAGCUGGACUAUGAGGACCAGGUGUCUUACACCUUGGCCAUCACGGCACGGGACAAUGGUAUCCCGCAGAAAUCUGACACAACUUACCUGGAGAUCCUGGUGAGUGAUGUCAAUGACAAUGCACCCCAGUUCCUCCGUCAUUCCUACCAGGGAUCCAUCUAUGAGGAUGUCCCCACCUUCACCAGCGUCCUCCAGGUCUCUGCAACUGACCGUGACUCUGGGCUCAAUGGCAGGGUCUUCUACACCUUCCAAGGGGGUGAUGAUGGUGAUGGGGACUUCAUCAUUGAGUCUACCUCGGGCAUUGUCCGCACCUUGCGCCGUCUAGACCGGGAGAAUGUGCCACUCUAUUCCUUGCGGGCAUUUGCCGUGGAUAAGGGGGUCCCAGCACAGAGAACGCCAGUGGAGAUCCAGGUGACAGUGUUGGAUGUCAAUGACAACCCACCCGUGUUCGAGCAGGAUGAGUUUGACAUCUUUGUGGAGGAGAACAGCCCCAUUGGGCUGGUGGUGGCCCGGAUCACCGCCACUGACCCUGACGAGGGCACCAAUGCCCAGAUCAUGUACCAGAUCGUGGAGGGCAACAUCCCCGAGGUCUUCCAGCUGGAUAUCUUCUCCGGAGAGCUCACUGCCCUUGCUGACCUGGACUAUGAGACCAAGGCUGAAUACAUCAUGGUGGUCCAGGCAACCUCGGCACCACUGGUCAGUCGGGCCACCAUCCAUGUGCGCCUGCGUGACACCAAUGACAACAGUCCCCAGCUCAAGAACUUUGAGAUCCUCUUCAACAACUACAUCACCAACCGCUCCGGCAGCUUCCCUGGGGGCGUCAUUGGCCGCAUCCCUGCCCAUGACCCUGAUGUCUCUGACCACCUCACUUAUGCGUUUGAGCAGGGCAAUGAGCUCAACCUUGUGCUGCUGGACCCCCACAGUGGGGAUCUGCGCCUCAGCCCGGCCCUGGAUAACAACCGCCCACUUGAGGCUGUCAUGAGAGUGUCUGUCUCUGAUGGCGUUCACAGCGCAACAGCGCAGUGCACGCUGCGGGUGACCGUGAUCACUGAUGAGAUGCUCAGCAACAGCAUCACCCUGCGUUUGGCCGACAUGUCCCAGGAGCGCUUCUUGUCCCCCCUGCUCAGUCGUUUCCUGGAGGGUGUGGCCUCUGUCCUAGCCACCCCCCGCCACCGCGUCGUCCUCUUCAACAUCCAGACGGACACAGACGUGGGUCCGGCGCGAAUCCUCAAUGUCAGCCUCUCUGCCCUGCUGCCGGCGGCAGUGCCGGGCGCGUCGCGGUUCUUCUCGUCGGAAGAGCUGCAGGAGCGCUUGUACCUCAACCGCUCGCUCCUGGCGGCCACCACGGCCCAGCGCGUCCUGCCCUUCGAUGACAACGUGUGUCUGCGCGAGCCCUGCGAGAACUACAUGCGCUGCGUCUCCGUCCUGCAGUUCGACAGCUCCGCGCCCUUCCUCGCCUCCGACACUAUCCUUUUUCGCCCUAUCCACCCCGUCACGGGCCUGCGCUGCCGCUGCCCGCCUGGCUUCACCGGCGACUACUGCGAGACCGAGAUCGACCUCUGCUACUCCAGCCCCUGCGGCAGCAACGGGCGGUGCCGGAGCCGUGAGGGCGGAUACACCUGCGAGUGCCAUGAAGACUUCACUGGGGAGCACUGUGAGCUGAGUGCCCGGGGGGGCCGCUGCACCCCGGGGGUCUGCCGGAAUGGGGGCACCUGUCUGAACCUGCUGGUGGGGGGAUUCUGGUGCCAGUGUCCCCCUGGGCACUAUGAGAAGCCCUUCUGCACCAUGAGCACCCGCAGCUUCCCCCCGCACUCCUUCCUCACCUUUCGUGGCCUCCGCCAGCGCUUCCACUUCACCCUUGGCCUCACGUUUGCCACACAGGAGCGGGAUGGGCUCCUGCUUUAUAACGGACGUUUCAACGAGCGACAUGACUUUGUGGCACUGGAGAUUGUGGAUGAGCAGCUGCAGCUCACCUUCUCAGCAGGUGAGACCACCACCACGGUGUCACCCUUUGUGCCAGGAGGGGUCAGCGAUGGGCAGUGGCACCGAGUGCAGCUGCACUACUACAACAAGCCGGUUGUGGGGCGCUCGGGAGUCCCACAGGGCCCCUCAGAGCAGAAGGUGGCUGUGGUGACUGUGGACGACUGUGACACGGCCAUGGCCCUGCGCUUCGGGCCCCGCCUCGGCAACUACUCCUGCGCUGCCCAGGGCACCCAGACUGGCAGCAAGAAGUCAUUGGACCUGACGGGGCCACUGCUGCUGGGGGGGGUCCCAACGCUGCCCGAGAGUUUCCCGAUCCGCAGCCGACACUUCGUGGGGUGCAUGCGGCACCUCCACAUUGACCAGCGUCCCGUGGACAUGGCAGCCUUCAUUGCUAACAAUGGCACCCUUCCCGGUUGUCCCCCCAAGAAGACCCUGUGCGACACCAAUACAUGCUACAACGGUGGAACCUGCGUGCAUGAGUGGGGGGGAUUCAGCUGCCGCUGCCCGCUGGGCUUUGGGGGCAAAACCUGCCAGGAGGAGAUGGCGGGCCCGCAGCGGUUCGUCGGCAGCAGCCGCGUGGCGUGGAACGGGCUGGCGCUGCCCCUCUCCAUGCCCUGGCCAGUCCGCAUCAUGUUCCGCACCCGCCACCCCCGCGGGGUUCUGCUGCGGGCGGGGGCCGGAGCUCGUCUGACCCUCAUCCUGCAGCUGAGCGAGGGGCAGGUGGAGGCUGCUGCCUGGCAAGGGGGCUCCCGUUUGGCCACCCUGCAUCUGCCCCAGGCCAAAGUCAAUGAUGGUGCCUGGCACCACGUGGAGCUGGAGCUGCGGGGGGGCCCUGGACGCAGCCCUUCUGCCACCCUCCUCCUCCUCACCCUCGACUAUGGCCGCCACCAGGCAGUGGGCGAUGUUUCUGGAGAGCUGCAGGGCCUGCGGCUGCACACGCUGAGCCUCGGAGGGCUGCUGGGGGACAGUGGCACCGUGGAGGAGGGGUUCCAGGGGUGCCUGCAGGGCCUGCGUGUUGGUGACCCUGUGGUGACUGCGGGCGCCCUGAACCUGGCACAGGCAGUGCAGGUGAACGUGGAGGGGGGCUGUGCCCUGCCUGAUCCCUGUGACUCGGGGCCCUGCCCCCCCCACAGCUACUGCAGCGAUGAUUGGGACAGUUUCUCAUGUCGCUGCCACCCCGGGUACUUCGGUGACAGCUGUGUCAGUGCCUGUGCCCUGGACCCCUGUGAGCCUCCAGGCACCUGUACCCGCCGCCCAGGCACGGCCCCUGGCUAUGCCUGUCACUGUCCCCCAGGCACCUUCGGGGCCCUCUGCCAGCACCGGUUGGUGCAGCCAUGCCCGCGGGGGUGGUGGGGACACCCUACGUGCGGCCCCUGCAGCUGCGAUGUCACCCACGGCUUCGACCCAGACUGCAACAAGACCACGGGGGAGUGUCGCUGCAAGGACAACCACUACCGCCCACCAGGAGGGGACACGUGCCACCCCUGUGAGUGUUACCCCACUGGGUCACUGUCGCGCCGCUGUGAUGCCAACACUGGACAGUGUCCCUGCAAAGCUGGUGUCAUCGGCCGCCACUGUGACCGCUGUGACAACCCCUUUGCCGAGGUGACAGCCAGUGGCUGUGAAGUGAACUAUGACAGCUGUCCCCGGGCCAUUGAGGCCAGCAUCUGGUGGCCCCGCACUCGGUUUGGGCUGCCAGCUGCAGCCCCCUGCCCCAAGGGCUCUGUUGGCACGGCACUGCGCCACUGUGACGAGCACAAGGGCUGGCUGCCCCCCAACCUCUUCAACUGCAGCGCUCUGGCCUUUGCUGCCCUUCGCCCCUGGGCAGAGCAGCUGGUGGGCAAUGAGUCCCGAUGGGAUGCGGGGCAGUCCCGGCGCGUGGCGCUGGCACUGCGUGAAGCAAUGCGUGAGGCCCGCGGGUACUUUGGCAGUGAUGUGCAUCUGGCAUAUCAGCUGGCAGGGGCCCUGCUGCGCCAUGAGAGCCGCCAGCGUGGCUUCCGCCUUGCUGCCACCCAGGACGUGCACUUCACCGAGAACCUGCUACGGGUCGGCAGUGCACUGCUGGACAUGGGGAACAAGCGGCACUGGGAGCUGAUCCAGCAGACGGAGGGUGGCACGGCCCAGCUGCUGCAGCACUUCGAGGAAUACGCACGAGCCCUGGCACGGAAUAUGCCCCAGACUUACCUCAGCCCCUUCACUAUUGUCACCCCUAACAUCGUGGUGUCGGUGGUGCGGCUGGACAAGAGCAGCUUUGCGGGUGCCCGCCUGCCACGGUAUGAGGUGCUGCGGGGGGAGAAACUCCCGGACCUGGAGACGACCGUCAUCCUGCCUGACAGCAUCUUCUGGCCCCCUGAGGACAGGCGCUCCUCAACUGGGCAUGGGCAGGCACCACAGGGCACAGGGAUGACUGUGGUGACCCGGCACAAGCGCCACCCAUCCCUGGGUGAGGGCCAGGCCAUCGCCAGCGUCAUCAUCUACCGCACCCUGGCCGGUCUCCUGCCCCAGCACUUCGACACCGACAAGCGCAGCCUCCGCGUGCCCAAGCGCCCCAUCAUCAACACACCAGUGGUGAGCAUCAGUGUGCACAUGGGAGGCACGGAUGGCGUGGGGGGCGCGGGGACCCCCCAGGCGCUGGCCAAGCCUGUCACCCUCCAGUUCCGGCUGUUGGAGACCCAGGAGCGCUCCAAGCCCAUCUGCGUCUUCUGGAACCACUCUUUAUGGGCGGGCAGUGUAGGCGGCUGGUCGGCACGAGGCUGCGAAGUCGCCUUCCGCAACCAGAGCCACGUCAGCUGCCAGUGCCACCAUCUGACCAGCUUUGCCGUCCUCAUGGACAUCUCCCGCCGGGAGAACGGGGAGGUGUUGCCGCUGGCAGCACUCACUUACGGCUCACUGGGAGUGGGGCUGGCGGGGCUGGCGCUGGUGGUCCUGGCCCUGGGGACCCUGAGGCGGCUGCGCUCCAACCGCCACAGCAUCCGCCGGCAUGGUACAGCUGCACUGCUCCUCGCACAGCUUGUCUUCCUGCUUGGCAUCAACCAGGCCGAUGUCCCGCUGGCGUGCACCGUGGUGGCCAUCCUGCUGCAGUUCCUGUACCUGAGUGCGGUGGGCUGGGCGCUGCUGGAGGCGCUGCACCUGUACCGGCGCCGCAGUGAACCCCGUCACGUCGACCGUGGUCCCAUGCGCUUCUACCAUGUACUGGGCUGGGGACUGCCUGCAUUCAUCACUGGGCUGGCGGUGGGGCUGGACCCCGAGGGCUACGGGAACCCUGACUUCUGCUGGCUGGCCCUGCACGACAGCCUGGUUUGGAGCCUGGCUGGGCCCUGCGCUGCCGCUCUCGCUGUUGGCAUCCUCUUCCUGGUGCUAGCGGCUAGGGCCACCUGUGCCACCCCCCAGGGCUUUCAGAAAAAAGGCUCAGCGUCUGGAGUGCGCACAGCUGCAGUCCUGCUGGCCGUGCCCAGCCUGGCCUGGCUUCUGGCCCUGCUCUCAGUCAACAGUGACACGUUACUCUGUCACUACCUGUUUGCCGCCUCCAACUGCCUCCAGGGCCCCCUUAUUUUCCUGUCGUGUGUGGUGCUGAGCAAGGAGGUGCGGAGGAGCCUCUGCCUGAGCUGUUCCCGCUGCCACCACCCACCGCUGGCUACCAAGGCCACCCUGACCCCCGCCUAUGGCAGGGACAGCACAUACGUGGCAGGGCGGCUGUAUCCCCCCUCAGGUGGUGGGUCCUCGGGGUCCCUGCAUAGCACUGCACGCUCGGGCAAGAGCCACCACAGCUACAUCCCCUUCGUGCGGCGGGAGGACUCAGGGCUGGCAGGCAGCCCGGGGCUGGUGCCACUGCCUGAGUCUGGGGGGCUCUUCCUUGAUGCCCAGGACCAGCCCGAGGGUAUGGCCUCACCCAUAGGGCAAGUGCACCCAGCCUCGGUCCAGGAGGCAGGAGGUGUCUCAGGGUAUCCUGUGACCUAUGACCCCCCAGAGCACGACACGGACUCGGACAGUGACCUGUCCCUGGACGACCCGAGUGGCUCCUAUGGCUCCACACAUUCCUCUGACAGCGAGGAUGAGGCCCCCCGUGGCUGGGACCCCCUGCCUGGGGCUCCCUCGGGUCCCCCCAGCCCUGGUGACCCCCUGGUGCCCCCGGCGUGCCCAUACUGGCCAGGGGAGUUUGUGACGAGAGCGAGUGAGAGCGAGGGACCAGGAGGUAGUGAGGGGCUGCAAGUGCAGCCAGCAGGGGGCCAGGGACACCUCUGGGGUGACCACCCGCAGCACAACGGCGAGGCACUCCCCAGGGACCUCCUGCUGCUGCCCCUGCCCCACCCCCACAAAGGUACGGGCUGCCAUGGCAAGGGUGGGCACUCCAAUCUGACCUCCCCACCCAUGGGUGAUGCUGCCCCCGCAGGGAUCCUGAAGAAGAAGUGCCUGCCCCCCAUCAGUGAGCGCAGCAGUACCCAGCGCCCUGGGCCGCCCCCACCGCCUCCCGCUUGCACGGCUGCCUCCUCUGGCAGCGACGGGGGGGCCCCCCCGGUCUCCCGGCCUCGGCAGAGCCUCCAGGAGCAGCUCAGUGGCCUUACCCCCAUUGCCAUGAGCAUUCACACAGGCACCGCUGAUGAGGACUCCUCUGGCUCUGAGUGA